AUGGUCCCGAGCGCACAUACUUCGGUGUUACGGAGCGGACAAACGAGUUAUGUACUUCGACGCUUUGAUUUGCCACGGUUCCUGGCUUCGAUUGAGAAAUACCGGAUUAACGAGGUGACCAUUGUGCCCCCUACCAUGGUGUCCAUGCUCGCCGCAUCUCUGACAUCCAAACACGAUCUUGGAUCACUGCGCGCCGUUCCUUGUGGCGCUGCGCGCUUGAUUAAGCUACACAAGCCCACGUACUAUCCAGAAGAUGAUGACACAGGCAGUGUUGGGCGAAUGAUCCCCAACCUCGAGGCAAAACUGUUGGACGACGAGGGAAGACCCGUCACAUGCUUUGGCCAGCCUGGCGAGCUGUGUCUACGUGGUCCCAAUGUCAUGAUGGGUUAUUUCGAAAACCCGUCCGCGAACGCCAUUACCUUUGAUGAUGAAGGCUUUCUACAUACCGGGGACAUAGCGUAUUGCGAUCAAGUGACACAACGAUGGUUUAUUGUUGACCGAAAAAAGGAACUCCUCAAAGUUCGUGGAUUUCAAGUGGCCCCGGCGGAGCUGGAAGGCGUGUUGUUGACACACCCUGACAUCGUCGACGCCGCAGUGAUCGGGGUGACCCCUCGUUCGGGUUCGGACGAGGACGAUGGUACCGAUGCACCGUUUGCAUACGUCGUUCGACGACGCGGUAAUAACCAACUUUCCGAGCAACAAGUCAAAGACUGGGUUGCGGACCGCUUGGCCAGUUACAAGAGGCUGGCGGGCGGAGUCCAAUUUUUGGAUAAGAUUCCGAAGAGUGCGACGGGCAAAAUCCUGAAGAAGGUUCUCAGGGAGGCGGCUGAGAAGCGUGUCAACGGACAGUUGCAAAGAUCCAAGACCUCAAUAUGGAAGGCGAGCUUUGCCUCAGUCCACUGA